AGUACAAAUAUUAACUACGUUACUCACAACAGCUAUAAUAAUAUCUAAGAUGGACUCCAAUUACGUGCGAGCAGAUAACAGCAACCUACCUAAGAUCGAUCCAUUCAUGGUAGAACUAUUUUUUAAAAACAAUGCAGUUUAUUAUGCUUCUGAAGUAAGAAAUAUAAAAACAGUAGUGUCUGCAAGAGAGUCGUACGGUGAUGAUGCCGUUGGCUACGUUCAACUGUACCGCGACAAUGGGAUUUGUACAGUAAAAUGCAAAAUGUGCCCGGAACAUAAAGUGCGCACCAAAGCUUACAAUGUUACCCUGGUCGUAAAUGAAAAUGACGGUGUGAUAAUAAGCUGUGAGUGCCAUGACUGUGCGGCUUCAGCUGGCGGAUGUAAACACGCGGUAGCCUUUUUGAUGUGGGUCCAUCGUCGCAGCGAGGAACCAGCAUGUACAUCGGUCGAGUGUUACUGGAAGAAGCCUGUUCUGUCUAGAGUAGGAACCACUUUAAAGUUCAUCACUAUAGAACAAAUGACCAAGACCCCUGUUCCACACAGACCUAGCACAUCAGCACUAUACGAAGAUUUUAUUUCAGAAGCCAAAAAGAGAAAAAUUAACAAGUGUGAAUUGCUAAAAUUUCAAGAUGAUUUUGUGCAUAGUGACAUUAUGAAAUACUCAUUACAUAGUUUUAUGAUAAAUCUACCUCAAGAAACUAAAAAUGAUAUAGACAUGCUCUUAGGCAUAAUGAAAAGUACAUUCACAAGUGACAUUAUCAAAAGUGUAGAAGAAGCAACAAGGCAGCAGAAUAAAAGUAGCUUAUGGUAUGAGAUGCGGUAUGGCCGCAUAACUGCUUCAAAGGCCCAUGAAGCUAGUGUCUGCCACACACCUGAUGGAACAUUAGUGGCCACUAUAAUGGGUGCGAAAAUUCCUGAUACAGUGGCCAUGAAAAGAGGUAGAAAAUUAGAACUUUCUGUCCGUAAGACUGUAAGCAAGAAAUUGAAAAAAAAAAUAACUUCCUGCGGGCUUUAUAUCUGUAAAGACAAUCCUGUGAUUGCUGCAUCUCCUGACGGUGUAAUGAACGAUGCUGUUAUAGAAAUAAAGUGUCCUACUAAGACCAAAUCUAAAGGAAAUUAUAUAAAAAAUGGCAUCCUUUCUGAAAAAUGUAGAGCGCAGGUGCAACUGCAAAUGUAUGCAACUGGUCUGCAAAAAUGUUAUUUUUGUGUAGCGGACAGUAACUUCGAGCAGACACAAAAAGUUGACAUCAUUUUAGAAUACUAUGAUGAUGAUUAUGUAAAUAACUUAAUAAAUAAAUUAGAUUCAUUUUGGAAACACAAUAUAUACCCCAUAUUACUAUGUAAUACAAAUAUAUGUGAGUGAGCAAUAAAAAACAUUUUAUAAAGGUAAAAAUAUAUUAUUUCAUUUUGAUUCCUUAACUAGCUAGCCACAUUAUUUA